AUGGCAUCAAUUUACGCCUAUGCCAACGCGAACGCCCCUUCUGCGGAGCCGCGCCACCUCGAGCAGGAAGUCAUUCCGUUUGGUGACAGGAGCAUCCUGAGGCGAACCAACUUCUCCACAGAAGGUCGGCCUUCCAAACACUCGGGCAUGGACAAGGUGUAUUUUGACCGCGGGUGGACCUUUCAGGAACUCUUGUUCGCGCGAAGGCGGAUAUGUUUCGAAAAUGACAGUGUCUGGUUCCAGUGUUGCCAGAACACGGUCUUCGAGAACCAUUCUCACCCGCGGCGCUCCCACGACGAAAGAGAUUGGAUACUUGAUGUCGGCUAUCCUUCCCUGACCGUCCACUCCAGGCUAGUGGCUGAUUUCAAUCGGAGGCAUCUCAAAUAUCCUCAGGACUGUCUUUCCGCGAUGCCAGGGAUGCUCCCGAUGUACAACCAAGUCUUCAAAGGCGGCUUCCUGUGUGGUCUUCCGGAGAUGUUCUUCGAUGCUGCCCUGCUUUGGCAUCCCGGCGGCGACCUGACUAGGCGCAUUCCAAUCGAAACCGGGAAACGCUACAAAUUUGCCAAAGAAAUUUUGCCGUCAUGGUCGUGGGUAGGGUGGCAAGGUGAGAUAGACUUCCGUGGCUGGAACACCGGUAAUGAUUUCGUCGCAGGCUGCAGCGGUUGGAUGGGCUCGUCGCGGCAGCAGACAUCUCCGGUGACCACCUGGUACACGAGCAACGACGCCUCAGGUACAUCUGAGAAAAGGAGGAUCGAGACUCCUUGGAGCACGUGGAGAGAGCGCUACAAAAGCCCGGCCAGCAAGCUACCGCCGGGCUGGAAGAAGCGUAGACACCAUCCUUCCAAGACCUCGGGAAACAGUGUACCGCCAGAUGGGUACGGCAAGUAUUUAUACUCGCACAAAUCCUCCGAGAGGACGACUUUCUGGUACCCCGUGCCCCUAUCAGACCCGGAUCCUCGGCCACAUUCGACACCCCAAACCGCAUUUCUGUUCGGUUCUGUCGAGACAGCGCGGCUCUACGUGGCCGGAACUGCCUAUCGACAGCGAUACUGGUCUAUACAGAAUGAAGAAUCAGAGUCUGUACUUGUCACACUUGUGAAUUCCCAAAAGGAGUGGGCUGGCAUUCUGCGGCUGCACAGCCGUGAUUACUUCUCGAGAGACGGUCUGGACCCGGAGGAGACCCCGGUCGAGGUUCAGCUGAUUGCGAUUUCCCAAGGUUCAAUCCCGAACGGUCUCAGUCCUGCGGAGGGCACGGUGGACAUAAAGGAGUAUAUGGUAGAGGAACGGCCAAAGGAUGGAGAUUCAUACGAGUAUUGUAAUGUCAUGUGGAUCACGUGCAGGGAAGGCAUUGCUUUUCGAGAAGCUGUUGGUCGGGUUCACAAGCACCAGGAAUCCUCGGACAAGGACAAGGAACCCUCGAACAAGGACGAGGCAUGGUACGAUUGGUACGCAAGGCUUCACGCAGAUCCAAGCGCGUCAGAGAAGGAUCUCAGGAAGGCGUUCUACAAGCGAGCUAAGGUAGAGCACCCGGACCACGACAAGACACCAGGCGCCAAAGAAAGAUUCCAUAAUGCAAAAACUUUCGAGAAGCUGUGUGAUGAGUCGAAGCGGAAGAAAUAUGAUCGACAGAGGCUGGCCAGGAAAAAAGCGGCUGCAGCCCAGUUGAUGGCUAGUCAGUCGUCGGUUGCUGACAGCUUGCGGGCCAAGUGGAAAGCUGAAGACGAAGCUGUGCGGAAGGCCGAAGCCAUGCGGACAAGAGAGGCCAGGAAGACUGCUCAAGGGGGCCAGCAACGCGCGAAAUCAUCAAAGAAAUCUGGCACAGGAGCAGACUCACAGAAGCCUCAAGGCUCCAAACCCGAAAACUCCAAGGAGACUCCUCGGAAGGAACAGCAACAGCAUGCAAAGCCCGAGGAGACGGAGGAGGAUCGUUUGAGGAAGCAGAAGAUCGCAGAUGACUUGCUUGCGAAAACGAAAGCUGCUGCUGAGGAAAAGAAGAGGAGAGAGGAUGCGGCCGCCGAGAAGACCAGACAAAACAAUAGGUUGCAGGAGAGAGUCAUAAUGAUUCGAGGUCUCCCAGCAGGAACCGAGCUUGUCGAUCUCUUCGAGCCUCUUGUCGACUUGCGCCCCGGGCCCGUCUUCGAUGCAAAAUUCUGGUCUGCCAGGAUCGCUGCGAUUGAAUUCUGCACCGACGCCGCGGCGCGCAGAGUCCUAGCACUGGCCAAGCAGCACCGGCUGUACAUAAACGGCAUUCAGAUCACCACUGUUCAGCUCAUGCGAUCAACGAACAAGAUACCAGCCAUCGGUUCCGAGUCGCAUGUUGUGGUACUCAACGGGAUCCCUGCGAAACAAGGAUCAACGCCACGCUCUUGA